AUGCGUAUACGUACCGACCCUGUCUUCCCGAUGGAUUUAACUUGGAUAUUCACUCUUGUUGCCUUUUUAGCAGUCGCUUGUCAUGCCCUUUAUGACUGUCCCCGUCCAAAGUGUGAAACAUGCCUUCCAGCCGAUAUCUAUGAUGCCCCGGGAGUCGGGUUCGAUCUCACACCUUCCUACGGAACAUCCGCCGUACAUUAUAAUAAUGGAACCGUCGUCGAAGUUGUCCAGAUUCAUGGCAAAUCUGAGUACCUUCAGCUUAUGACACGCCUUGCAAAACAGGGCAAGCCCGUAUUAAUGGAAGAUCAAGGAAUUCUCCAAAAGUCCUACUUUAAGAUUUUCUCCUUUUUGGAUUCUUUCUUCGGUUUUCCCUUUUCAGCACGAGUUGGGUGGCGCUGGCUGAAUGAAAAGCUUGGGCGACUGGUGGGAUCGGACGACAUCAAUAUCAUUAGUGAAAUGCUAUGGGAUCUUAAGCUUGCUACAGAGAAGCGGACACGCCAAGAUCUGAAUAGGGUUGCUAUCACAACUCCCGAUAUACCAACCUUGGGUCACGAAAUGAUCAAUACUGCUCUCCAAGAGCUAGAUUUACAGGCCUGGACGGGUGAUUGUCCAUGGUACCCAAGACGCCUGGUAGAGGCAGAUGCUGUUUAUGCUGCUUAUGGCUAUGGACUAUGCAAAAACUAUCAUGAUCUGUGGGAGUGUACAGAUGAGUUUGAAUGGGCCGGUUUUCCGGUUAUUCUUUUUGUUUCCUUCACACGCCAUCUGUUAUACACCAGCAUUACCAUACCUAUUAAUGGCGAAGCCUUACAUUUCUUGGCAUACGAUGAGAUAAAAGAUCUCAACUUCGAACUGGGGCUAGAUCGAAUUCUUGAAGCAGAUGAUCCGGACUUAUUAUGGGCUCGUUUCCGUGAGCAGAUCACAACUUUUUCUCAGUCCUCCGAAUUUCGAAUCACUGGUUUUCUUUUAGCUGGUGAGAGCACAACAAACCCUCUCUUUCAGGCUAAUUUGAAAGACGCUUUGGCCGAGCUUUCGGAACUUAAUAUCGAACCCAAGAUAGCCCCUUUCGCCUUGGAAUCUGUCCAUGGAGAGAAAUCCAUGGACCUGACUUUCGCAGCUGCUCGGGGAGCAGCCCUGUAUGCAAGGAGGCGACAAGAAGUACAGUGCGACUGCUCAGAAAUUAAGGAAUGUGAAUUGUCACGACAAAAAGAGCGAUCAGGUGGCCAGGAGAAACUAGAUUUAUAA